AGGCUGCACCCACCCAUUUUUCUUUUAUUUAUUUCCCACCACUCACCUCUCAUAAAGCUGCACAAGGCACACACUUUUAAAUAUAUAUAUACCCAUCUGUGCUUUAUACAUUAAAUCGAGUAUUUCAAAUGAAACCCCUUUUGAAACUGAAUGUAUCUAUCCAGGGUAUCGGUAAUGGGAAUCAGACUUAUGGUCUCAUACACUUAACACUAUGGAUAAACAAGAUUGUCUCCUUUUCUCCUUAAUAUUUUAAUCUACCUGUGGUUUAGUGAAAAAAAGCAUUUCGUCAGCUGAAAAUAUAUUAAAUAUAAUAAAUGACAAUCCCAAGGACUUACAUUGCAUGCAAACACCCCGGGCUAAAUGUGAAACUAUUUCAAUUACAUCUAAGAGGUGUAUACUAAAAUGUUACUGUUUUUAAUAGGCCUGUGUUAUUAUAAUCCUCAAUGAUAUUGUUGGUAAUAAAUUGUUACUAUAGGAUUCUGUCUAUUUUAACAAUAUGACUUUCUUUAUAUGAACCCUGUGCGCGAACAUAAAUAUUCAUAUUAUAUUCGAUUGAAUAUUGUGUCAUAUAUUUGAUUUUUUUCCCCCUUACACUCAGUAAUUUUAUAGAGAUGGUUUAUAUACAAUUUACCAUUUUACUGGCAUAGGAAAAUCAAUGCUUGGUUCUUAAGGUUUCCAUGUGGCUAUACAUUUGUAGAAUGUGCAGUGCUAAACGUUUCAUAGUGUUGGAAUAAACAAGUGGGCUUUUUUUUUAUAAACGUUUUAUAGAUAGAAACCCAAUUUCGCGUUAAAUAUUCUUCCAGUCUAUGAAUAUUUUAUAUCCCCUCAAUCUAUUCGUUCUUUGUGUUGUUCUUGCAGGCCGUAAACCUCUCAAAUGCAAAAAAUAAUCACAUAUUUAUUGGCGUGAAGAAUAAGUUAAUAAGGAAACGAAAGUGUUGCACAUGCCUAGUCACAUUGUGUAUUUAUUGGCCGGAUUCUCCAGCUCUACUUCCUUUGCCUCAAUCCGACUAAUACAUUUACAGCUGUUUGAGCAAUUCUAGAAAUACAGCAACAAAGAUUUCGAGAUAAAAAGUAAUUUUUAUUUGUAUGUAUCUUUAUUUUUUUAUUUCUUUCCAUUUUUAAAAAAAAAUUAGAUCUAGAAUAAGAAAAACAUUUGUCAUGUGCAAGUAAAUUGUAAAGUAUUUUUUUUUUUUACUGUGAGGAUAAAGAGUAUAUGAGGUUUUAUUGUUGUCUUCAUUAGGAAAGUCCACAUAUUGUACGAUGUAAGAUCUAGGGGGGAAAUCAUUACCGUCUGUUGUCUGCAUCUAGUUUCUUGGAAGUAUUUCUUUGCUGAAAUAACUCUUGUCUAAAAUGUUCUCAGCUAUCACCUUAAAAUGUGACCUCAGUUCUAUUGCUUGUGUCUCCUCUAGAGACUUGCCAUAUUGCAAGCUUGUGAAAUUGAAGUCAUUCUGUAAUGCAGCUUGGCUUAGUCCUAAGGGCAUUCCUUUGUUUACUUGUUUAUAUACUGCCACCAAGUGACCAAACGCUGCCAAACCAGCGCAAUCACAUUAAAUUGCCCAGGAAUCGGCUGUUUGGGGAUUUUUUUUAAUUUUUUUUAUUAUUAAAUUCACGUACAAAUGAAGUCCUUGGUGGAUUUCUGGAAAUACUAUUUUUGUAGUGUGAGAAUCCUAAUGAGAAGCAGGUGCUGUGGAGUGUUUGGUGCUGCAGCUACUCCUUUAAAUGUGUGAAUGUGAUCAGUGCUGAGCAGCUUUAUGGCACUGAGGGUAUGCGUGUGCAGCUGCCCAGCUCUUAAAGCAAAUAAUAAAAUCCAAUUCUGUCCCUGCUCGUAGCAAAGAGCUACACACACACACACACACAGCACUAACUCCCCACAAAGCGCUUUAUUUAGGAGGAUCACAAUAUAUUGUCGGGCACAUUUAAGUUUGAAUUCAUUGCGAGAGACAUAAAAAUGAUGUAGCGUUGGAAAUGCUGCAUUUAAUACGUUGGCUGGCCCUGUUAAAAGCAUCCCAUGUAGCCUUCACUUAAGGCAACGCAGUGUUGUUUUAUUGAAUAAAUCUUUCUUGUAAUCGGAUAUGAGACAGUAGCUUUCAACCCUGUAAAUACGAAGAAUGGAACCCCCUUCAGGUUAAUGGCUGUGCAAUGUUUCAUUGUAAGGUUAUGUUUUCAUAUUUAAUAACGCUUUGUCAAUUGCAGUAGUUUGUGUUGCUGAAGCUAAAUAAAGUCAAAGAGGAAGCACUCUGCAGUUGUCAGACUCUCAGGCACGUGCCUAAUAUAGACUGAUGCAAUAUGAUGUAAUACCGAAUGGUACUAUGACGUAAAACCGGCAGCAACCAUGUAUCAUAUAUAUAUGCUACUGAAUAUCUUGUGCAAAUUUAAUGGCAAUGAUUCCAAAUUGCACACAGUCCUCCAUGUAAUGUUUCAGUGGGUGUGCCCUGCGUCCUUGCUGUACGGUUAUGUUGUAGAUUGUCUAAAGAAAAAAAUAACACAUUUAUUUUAUUAGUUUAUUUCAGUACACCUUUCACCCACAGAGGAAAGAAUAAUGGAAAAAUGCAUGAUAUAAUCCUAUAAUUCCCCUGCUCUUGUUAAUUCUCCCGGCAUUGCAAGAUAAAGCUUCUUUGCAAUAAAAAGCCAAUGUUUCACUUGGGCAUACUGAAACAAUUCCAAAUAUACAAUGUAUAAAUAUACAAAUUGGCAGAUUAUUUCUUGUAGAUUAGAGUACAUAUAAGAGAGAAGACUAAAUGAGCUCUUCUCUGCAUCUUAUUACAUACACACAUACAGCAAAGGAAAAACUAGAAGUAUAGCAGAACAGGAGCUGAAAUGUACAUGGUUUUUGCAGUGAAACCGAGGUAUACAAUCCACUGGCACCAAUACAUAAAAAAAAAAAAAGUAAUUAUACUUACUUUAGGAAUGCCAAAACCCUCCUCAUCCCCAUCAUUAUAUUUUAAUGUUGAAAUUCACAAUUUAGUAAGUAAGAAUGUCUCAGUGCAAACCCAGAGCUCCCACAUAUUUACAUACAGAACACAAGAGAAAGAAGUUUCAGUUUAGGAAUCGCGAGCAUAGAGCAUGAACUGCGAAAAACUAGGCAAACUGUAUCUACAAAAAGUUACCAGCACAUUUAUUGCUUAAACUUUUCUUGAGCUCUGUACAAUAGCAGUGGGUUAGGAUUCAUAUAAUAAAACAUAUUCAUACUACCUUUACACGUUGAAUUAAAUUGAAUCAAAAUAAAUAAUAAAUAAUGUUAAUAUCAGAAACCAAUGUACCCCAAGAAACAAAGAAUUUGACUCAUACAUUGCAAGUCCAAAUUGUGGUCUCUGAUCAAUAACAACACAUUCAGCUCUCCAGCAAUACAAUGUGCUGAAUUCUUAAUGGCCCAUUGGCUUGCAUGCUGAUAUCAUACAUAAAUAAAAAGGUAUGGACUCUACUAGGCAUUCAAUCACACAUUUAAAUUAAAAGGCUAAGCAGGAUAGGUACUUUGUAUUUAUAUAUCUGGUGUAUUAUGUCCAGCAGUACCUUGUCUUGUUUAAUCGUGUUAAAUACACCCACACACCGCACAUACAUAUUCCACUUAGAUUUUAUGAGGACAGUUACUGUCUGAUCGCACCAACAUUAGUUCAUGCUGUGAAAGUGAACAUUUAAUGUUACUAAUAAUGUUCUGCACCUAUACCUUUAUUUAUGACAUAAUUCUGGUUUACUGUUUAUAGAAGAGAGAGCAAAUGGCGUUUAGUUCAAAUAAUCAGUGGCAGUUGUUGAGCGAUUUAGAGAUGGGUGCCACUGCUAGUGACAUGCAAGUGCUGAAAUGAACCCUGACUGCUUUGCCACAAGCUUCCCCCUCUCUUUAAAAAAAAAAUAUAUAUAUAUUCCUUGAUGUCGUUUCCUUUGCCUUCAUUAGGAAGGAUAUAGAAAACACGUGUGCACAGGCAAUUGUUUUAUGUGUAUCACUUAAUCAAUCCACUAAUUAGAAAAAUCCAGAGCGUAAUUGUCCAUUCUUCAUGCUCAUUUUUGGAUCAGUUCUACAAAGUGGAGUUAAAGGAAGGAGGGGGGGGGAUUCUUACCUGUAAAUCUUGAAAUAAUAUUCCUGUGUUUGGAUUUGGCGAGUUGCAGCUCUAGGGGGAUAGAGAGCUGAGCACAAGUCAGAGCUCCUGUUAUAAACAUCUGUUCUUUCAAAUUUUGCUGAGCUUACAUAAUUGUAUCAGGAUUCAUUUAAGGACUGUACCUUGCAGGCAAUUACCUCCAUACAGACACACACACACACACACUACUAUAGCUUGUGGCAAAAAGUGGAGGUUCGUGGGGGUGGGGGACUGUUCAGCCAACCUGUAUCUGAUAGGAAAAUUCAACCUCCACUAUAAGAAUAGCUUUAAAACUUAUUUCCCAGUGCUGAAAAUGCACAAUCCAUGGUUUCCUUUUGUUGCUUGAAAUUGCAUGUGCUAGCCGGCUUUCCUCUCCCCAUAAAUCGACUAGUGCUAUAAGCCUUGCCCUUUGCUUAGACUUGUAAUAAAACUGUGAACUUUCCCUGCAAGGCAAGCGCCAUUCUAGCACAGUCUCACUGAAAUCCCUGAAUCUUGGGCACUUACCCUUAAAAUAAUAUCUUCACAAAGUAAUCAAUGGGGGGACAUUCACAUAAAAGUAGAAGCAUAGGCCCCCUAUAUACUUCCCAAUAAAACAGUGCAAUAAACAAGCUGAUCAGCCAGCAAUAAAAUAAAGCAGCCCAAACGAAAUGCAACGUGCAAACACACGCAAAUGCGCACAGACCUCCAGAUUUAUAACAACAAAAAUGACUUAAAUAUAUGGCUGAACCUACCGAUAUGCAUGAGCUUAGACAUAACUAUACGAAUCAGUAGCAUAGCAUAUAUAAUCUGUUCUUUUAUACACCAGUCUCUAUAUACAGUGAGUAAUCCUGUAGAUGCAAACAUUCCAUGUACUGGUCUGGAAUGGAAAAUGUUUGCACAUUCACACAUUCUUAAAAAAAAAAAAGAAAAUGGUAAAUUAAAUAAUCCUAAAUGAAGUAAAGGAGUUAUACCAGUGAUAUCUGUAUAUUGAAAUAAUAUCCCAGUAUCAACAACAUACACACACACCCCAUAAUAUAUAUAUAUAUAUAUCUAUGUCUAUUUAUAUACAUAGAUAUAUAUUAAUUGCUUACUUUCCCAGGAGUGUCCCACACACAGGCUGAGCAAUCUCAAAUGGUCUCUUCUUUAUUUUACUUAAAACUUUUUUUUCUUUCUUUUUUUCUCCCCUUCCUUUUUGUUGUUUACACUCAAGGGAUUUGCUAGUGUGAUACCAGGGCAAUAAACUACCCCUUUUCGUCUGUUCCCAUUUUUAUGGUUUUAUAACCUCUAUUUGGCUUUGAUGCUCACAGGAAAAAGAUCGUAAAAUCCUUCAGCAUCCGGGUUUCUUUGCCAGCCCUAAAAAAAUAAAUAUUGCUUUUUGUAAGUCUUACAAAUAGUGACUUUUAGGAAUUCAUUGUAUCUGAGGGGAGACAAAACCCCUUCUUGCCAACAACAGAAAAUAUAUGUCUGGGUAGUAUAUCUGUGCUCAGUCCCACAAAAUAAACUGCCUGAUAGAAUAAGCUGUUUACUUGUACCUGGAAUUAUUAUAUGUGGGGACUUUGGAGGGGAUCUGACUUUUAUAACAUUAAAUUACCAUGUGAUACUUGUGACUUUGACAUCAUUAUUAGUAAAAUAGCAAAAACAAUAAUAAAUAUAUAAAUAAAUACAGUUGCAUGGGCUGAUUCGUAUUAUUAAUGAUUGCAUUAUUAAGCCCCCCCAGAACAAAAGAUGUUGCUAAUUAUGUCAAUAAGUCAUUUAAUUGUAUACACCUCCAAAUAAAAGCAAUAUCAAACUCUGACUGCGACAUUGCUACUGAAUAAAGUGACGAUUGACUAGAUGCAAAUGAGCAGCGAGUUAAUUGCAGGUCGGUGUUUUCGAGAUUCAGACUGAAGAAGCAGAGAGUUGGGGAAGUGAAUUUGCGUAAUGUUGGGGUAUGUUUGUCCCACAGCCCCCACUGUACUUUCUCAGCUGAUAAUGCUUUAAUAAGUGCUUGUGGUUAUAUAUACAGUUCUGCACACACGUUUAUUGCAUGUGGGGGUGCCCAGGGUCGGCUGCAUAAAUAAAUGGCUGAAAUCACUGCUAAAUUCCACAUGUAAAUUCGAUUCUAUCGGGAACUUUACAUUUCUACUGCGCACAGGGGGGGAAAAAUGCAGAUUUUAUUUAAACUCCGUCGUUCUGACCCCCAAAACACCGAGGAAAUCCCCUCCCCCCCUCUCCCCACACCAAACUAAUUCCCCUCUUUCUAAUUGCGAGUCUCACUUUGAGUGUAUCAUCUACUUUCAACUGGGGAAUCAACACAAGCAAAACCAAUUUUUUCCCUUUCUUGACAUCUCGCCUCCUAUUGGCUCCAAGUGGGUCAGCUGACUUUGUCAUUUUGUCUGUCCUGGAUUGGAGCCGUCCCUAUAACAAUCUAGUUCAGACUACAAACUGGAGACAGAAAUAAAUAUUAAAGAAAUCUUCCAGGCAGGUAAAGGAGAAGAUAUGAAUUCCUAUUUCACUAACCCUUCCUUAUCCUGCCAUUUAGCCAGUGGCCAAGAAGUUCUCCCCAAUGUGGCCCUUAAUUCCACAGCCUAUGACCCAGUUAGGCAUUUUUCCACUUAUGGAGCAGCGGUGGCUCAGAAUAGGAUCUACUCGUCUCCAUUCUAUACCCCGCAAGAUAAUGUUGUGUUUGGCUCCAGCCGGGGCCCCUAUGAGUAUGGAUCCAACGCAUUUUACCAGGACAAGGACAUGCUCACUAGCUGCAGGCAGAACUCAAUGGGACACAACACGCAGAGCUCCCUUGCACAGGAUUUUAGCAGUGAACAAAACAGAGGCAAUGGGCAGGAGCAGAAAGGCAGCAUUCAGAUCUACCCAUGGAUGCAGCGCAUGAACUCCCACAGUGUUUGUCUUGUGUCUGAAUCCCUAGGCGUGGGCUAUGGGACGGACAGGAGGAGAGGACGCCAGAUCUAUUCCCGUUACCAAACUCUGGAGCUGGAGAAAGAAUUUCACUUCAAUCGCUACCUGACCCGGCGCAGGAGGAUCGAGAUCGCCAAUGCACUUUGUCUGACAGAGCGGCAGAUCAAAAUCUGGUUCCAGAACAGGAGGAUGAAAUGGAAAAAGGAGAGCAACCUCACAUCGACCCUGUCUGGGGGCACUGGGGCAGCGGCUGACAGUUUAGCCGGGGGCAAGGAGGAAAAGCGAGAGGACUCAGAGGGACAAGGCAAAGAGUGAAUGGAGAGACACCCCACUAAGGCUUCCUCUUCCCCCCUGCGCAAGUCUGCUCCCCUCCUCCUUUAAGCUGGCACAAUUGAUUUGGUUGGGCUGCAUUAAAAACAAACAGAUAUUUCUACCCACAUUUAUCCAGAGCCAGACGUGGACUAUUCAUUCAGGGGCUGCCUCCCUGCCAUGUACUAGACUUGGCUAUUGCCUCCUCUCAGUCUCUGUGUUAUUCCUGGAACUCUGAAUAAAAGACUGGGUUCCACAGCCACACAUUUCCUUGUAUAGAAACAUUGCCUGCAAACUAAAGGGACAGACCCCGACAGACUUUGCCUGCGCGUGUGUUUGGGACUAUGGACCUGGCACAAUUUUAAUGUCAAGAAAUUCCAAGCUGCUCCCAAGUUCUCCUCCGUCCCCUUCACCCUUUAAGCUGCGGCCAAGUGAAAUCUAGCAUUCCAUUGUGCACAAAGUCCUGACUGUAUCUAAAGCCACACUCUCUGGGCCAUCAUCUUCCAUGCUCCAUACUGUGACAGUUACCCUGUGAACCUCAGUUUUUAGCCAUUGUGUCCGUGGUAUCAGUAUUUUAUUUAUGGUAGCGCUGCAGUGUUCAUUUGUAGUCAGUAAAUGAAGUCUCAUAGCAGUAGAAAUGGUUACAUCUUGUGUUUCACUAUUAUGUAUAAAGUUCACGUCCUAUGGACAAAGUGUUGAGUAUUUAAUAAAACUGAUAUUAUUUUUAA